AUGGACUACGAUCCGCACGGUGGACGCAAUGCGUUCCGCAACAGCGGCGAUUCAUCAUCAGAGCGUGCCUUGAGAGCGAUACGAUCGUUCACACAAUCCAUCGAAGACGACAUCGGGCCUCCAGAAUUGCCUCCAUCGUUGGACAUCGACGUGGUCAGCAUGAAGACGUCCGACACGAAUGAGACCAUCAUUGAGGUGAAGCAAAAGGUGGACCCUCAACUAGGCGAGACGCAAAAAUACAAAAUGGCGGUUCCCGGGCCGGGGCAUUCCGAGCAAGAGCAUGAGCUCCACAAAAGCCUGAUUCGCGACGAUGACGACGAAUCGGAAAUUGAGGCAGUGUUUGCCAAUGGUAGAUCGCACCCGAAACGCGCCAGCAAUCUUGACGUCAUUUCAGUGCCGCCGAAAACGCUCAGUUUCUCGGCGCCGAUCGCGGAGCCAUCGGCUGACGAGUUGCGGCACGCCUACGACAAGCCGAUUCGGAAAAGGCCGACGACGCCGACGUCGGCGUGCGUUCUCGACGGCAUCGCGUUCUUCGCGCCGACCGCCGACGACGACGACGCGAAAGAGGUCGAUGAGACGGAGAAGAUCAAGGUCUCGAUUCCAACAGUGCGAAAGAAGAAGCAUGAGAUGAGCUACACGGAAUUCUAUGAGUCGAUGGCGAAUCAGAUGCCUCAUCAGGGGCGUCGGAUGAGCGGCGGCGGCGUCGGCGGCGGAUCGGGACGCACGACGCCGCUGAAUGAUUAUGACGGCGACAUUCUCGAUGAGCAUCCGCUUUAUAAGGGCAAAGCGCCGCCGCCGCCAGUCGUCCAUAGAAGAUCGAGCAUCGAAUGGGAGAAUUUCGCCGAUAUGGAAGAGAAAAUGGAGCAAGCCGAAAAGAAAUUGAAGCAAGAAGAAAAAGAAGAAGAAGAAGAAUCGGAAGCGAAGCAGGUCGAGUGUGAGGAGCCCGAACCUGCUCCAGCUCCAGAGUCGAAAACUGACAAAGAGCUGAAGAAGUUGACAUUCUACGCCAAGCCGCCAACCGUUGAAAUAACAUCGCCCGACAUGCCGCACUCGGGGUGCUUCCACGAGCCAACCGUCGCCGAGGAGCCCGAAAAGGAAGUUGGCGGUGUCGACGACGACGACGACGAGCCGCCGACGUUCUCCGAAGAUAUGGACGAGGAGCGACAGCGGGUUCAGCACGAGCUCGACGAGCCGAAAGCGGAGCAAGAGCCGGCGAAGCAGGAGGAGGCUCAUGAGGAGUACGACCCGAAUGCUUAUCCAGGCUAUAUUUGGAAUUAUGAGACCCAACAGUGGGAGUAUGACCCGAAUUAUGUUGAUCCGAAUGCUGCUCCAGCUCAGGAUGAGUAUGACUAUUCGGCGUAUGGCGGUUACGAAGGCUAUCUAGCCGCGUGUAAGGCUUAUGAGGAGCAGAAUGGCGGACAGUAUUACGAUCAGUCGGCGUAUUACGGACAAGAAGGUUAUGCUGCCGACUAUUCGCAGGCUUAUCCACACGAUCAAGCUAGCUAUGCUCAGGAUCAACAGCAAUACUACCAUUAUGAUUCUCAGGCUUACUCUCAAGAUCCCCAGGCGUACUCUCAGGAUCCCCAGGGUUACUCUCAAGAUCCCCAAGCUUACUCUCAGGAUUCCCAGGCUUACCAGCAAUCCUACCAUCAGGAUUCAGCUGGUUAUGCUCAAGAUCAGACGGCUUAUUCUCAGGAUCCAGCCAACUAUGGCCACGAUCAGACCGAUCCUUCUCAGGAUUCUCAGGCUCUACAGCAAUCUUAUCAACUGGAUCAUCAGGAUCACCAGCAGUGUUAUACUCACGAUCCUUACACUCAAGAGCAGCAGCAGGAGCCAACUGCGCCGACAUCCCAGCACUAUACUCCCAUCAAGCCGCUGUUCGAGCAACCUCCAGCUCCAGCCAACGAUCCUUACGCUUGGGACGCGCCAUCGGAAAAGGUUGAGUCGCCGAAGAAGGCCGCGCCACCGGCGCGACCACCGCCAGCGCGACCGGAAGCGCCGAAGCAAGAAGCAACGCCGCCGGCUCGACCGCCUCCCGUCUCGCGGCCGCCGCCACCUCGUCCAGCUCCGGCGAAGAAGGAGCCCGAGCCGGAACCCGAGCCUGAACUCGACGCAUGGGCGCAAUUCAAAAAGAUGACCGAGAAGGUCAGCGAUGUCGUUAAAACAACGGAGACCACUUUGAAGACGUUGAGCGAGACAUCGGCCGCCAACGACAUCAAGGAUGAAAGCUAUUUAGCGCAGAUUGGUGGCUCACAAGGGUUUGUCAGCGACGCGACACAACGCGAAAUUCAGCGGCUCAAUGAGGAGAAGAAGAUGGAAAAGCUGCAAAAGAAGAAAUUGAAGCAGCAGGGCAAAAAGGCGGCGUCGCCGCCGUUGGAUUUGGAACAGGAGGAUGCGAUGGAUCGUGCGGCGCAAGAAUUAGCUAUCAAGCUCGCGAAAAUGAGAACCGAUAUCGGAGACUGGAAGGCUCCAGAACCUCGAACCGAAAAAAUCAAGGAGCAGGAGCGCAAGGAUUCUGCUUCAGCCAUCCCGCCGCGCAAGAAAAGCUCGAUUAAAGAUGUGCAGCAGGAUUCCGGCGGUUCUUUGGAGCUUCCGCCUCAUCUCGCUUCGCAAGACACCGUGGUGACACCGAAAGGCGACUUCGCUCCCGACGAUCCAAUUCUUUCGGCGCCAGCGUGGGCCGACUUUGAGUCCUCAGAUCCUGUCCUACCGCCGAGUGAAUCCGGCUUUUUCUCGAAUAAAGAUUCAUCAAAUGAUACGAGUGCGGUACCGGCUUCCAAGGCAUCAGAUGCCUCUGAUCCGUUCGUGACGACAUCUACAGUGGCUCCAGCCACCACCAUCGAUCCAUUCGCUCCACAGCAGCCAACUUUAAUUGACGAGAGCUAUGAUCCAUUCGCUGUGGUGUCGGUUGACGAGAUUGUCGCGAUGGCAAAAGCAAAAGCUGAGCAGGCGGCCGCCGCCGGCGUCGAUCAAGACGACGACUUCUACAACGGGCGACAUUCGCCGGCGCUUUCGACACCAACACCCGAAGGCGGCAGCCCAAUCAGUCAGCGUCCGAAUCGAUUCGAGGACGAUUUCAAAUGCGACAUGGUCGCGCAUCUCGACACACCGACACCAUUGUAUGACGAGGACGACUCGCAGCCGCUCGCCGACUUCCUUCCAAAGUUCACCGGCGACGGUUGGGAUCUGAUGGUUCGCCAUCCGAUCAAGAAGAAAUCGUUCAUGGCGGAACGCUGCUGGAAGCCGUGCUACGUGAAACUUCACGGCAACACUCUUCUUCUCUACAACGACAAGAAGGAUGCCACCCCGAUUCAGGAGCUUCUCCUCCAAGCAACCUAUUCGCUAUCGGACACCAGCCUUCAAGCCUACGAUGUCUAUGGCAAAAUUCAUACAGUAAAGCUUCAAUACGUUGUUUAUAAGGAAAAGGUUGGAAUUCGGCCAGGACAAAUCAGUCGGCUUGUCGACGGCCAUAUUACCAAGUACGGCCUUCCCCUAGAGCAUAGUGCUCAAUGCACAGUGCUUCUCAAGUUCGGCUCAUUGAACGCCGCCGAGCUUCAAUCAUUCGUCACCACCAUCGAGGACAUCCUUUUCAAGUGUCAAAUCUCAAGAACCGGCAAGCCGAUUUACAAGCAGGACGAGGUGCAAAUCCACUGCUAUGAUGAGUACUCCGCGUUCGUCGACAAAGACGGCGUGUUGUCGGAUCAGCGCGCGAGAGUCCGAUUGUUCUGUCUGGCAUUCCUCACCGGCUCUCCGAUUCUCGAGGUCGGACUGAAUGAUCGACGGCGACAAGGCAAGGAGAUCGUGAGGCGGAAGGAUAUUCUGCCGAUGUACACCGAACGAUGGAUUCGGUUCGAGGCGCUCGAAUUCCAUUCGAUUGUGAAUCGGGAAGCCUUCGAGAAGGAGCAAGUCAUCACCUUCAGCCCGCCGGAUGGAUGCUUCUUUGAAAUCAUGCGAUUCCGCGUUCGGCCUCCACGGAACCGCGAGAAGGCGAUGACAGUCAAGUCGAUUAUGAAAAUCGCCGGUUCAAAGGUCGAGAUUCGCAUCGAGGCGAUGGCGGCGGCGCAGAUUCAGCGCACUCGCGGCUCCGAUGAGCGUCGUCAGAUACCGUGCGAGGACAUCACCAUUCGAUUCCCGAUUCCCGAAGCGUGGAUCUAUUUGUUCCGCGAAGAACGCCAUUGGGGCGUCGGUUCGAUUCACUCGAAGAAGCUUCGGCCGGGCAAAGUCAAGAAUCUCAAAGAUCGCCUUCUCGGAGCGGUGCAGACGAGCGAGGCGAAUCUCAUCGAAUGCGCGAUCGGCGAGGCGAAAUACGAGCAUGUUUAUCGCUCGCUGGUCUGGAGGAUCCCCAGACUUCCGGAGAAGCAUCACGCCGCCUACAAGGCUCAUCUUCUGAAGUGUCGCUUCGAGCUAUCCUCAUUCGACUUGAUGCCUGAAGAGUUUCUGCCGCGAUGUGAGGUCGAGUUCACCAUGCCGCUGGCUACCGUAUCAAAUACCGUAGUCCGGUCGGUGUCGGUUGAGCAGCACGAAGAUAGCGAUCGCGUCGAGAAGUUUGUGCGCUACGUCGCCAAAUACAACUACAAGGUGGAAAUCGACUACAUCCAAUGCGCCAAUCUCGAUCUUGACUUGAAUGAUCCAUCAGUGAAUGCUGAAGUCGCCGCGGCACCAGUUCCCGAGCUCCAUCAGCCCGCAUUCCAGCCAGGGCAGAACGAGGAGAUCCAGCAAGGCUAUCGUAUCGACUUCAACGAGACCGAGUUGGGCGGUGCGAAUCGACGCGAUGACUCGUCGUCCGAUGAGGAGCCCGACAGCCACAAAAUGCCAAUUAUUCAAAUAGACAUGAAGAAUUAUGGAUACUAA